UCCUACAACUAUGAGCCACCCCUCCCCACCGUGGCUCGGGCCAGCACCCUCACCAAGGUCCCUCCAGCCAAAAAAAUAACCUUCUUCAAGAGUGGAGACCCUCAGUUUGCAGGGGUCAAGAUGGCCAUCAACCAGCGGAGCUUCAAGAGCUUCAACGCGCUCAUGGACGACCUCUCCCAUCGGGUCCCGCUGCCCUUUGGGGUCAGGACCAUCACCACCCCACGAGGAAUACACUGCAUCAGUGAGCUGGACCAGCUGGAGGAUGGAGGCUGCUACCUGUGCUCCGACAAGAAGUUUGUGAAGCCCAUCAGCAUCACCCCCGGCGGGCACCGGCCGGCCCCGCCGCGCAACAGCCGCCCCUCCAGCACCAUGAGGAGAGCGGCUCAGGAGGGCAAGCUGGAAGAUUAUUCCACACCUUUCACUCACCAUGGCCCCAGAAUACCCAAGAAAAUCACUCUGGUUAAGAAUGGGGAAAGUGGAUUUCGGCGCUCCAUCAUCCUGAACCGCAGGAACGCCCGGAGUUUCAAAACGCUCCUGGAUGAGAUCACGGAGAUCCUGCAGUUCCCGGUGAAAAAGCUCUACACUGUUGAUGGGAAGAAGAUCGACAGCAUGCAGGCCCUGCUCCACUGCCCCAACGUGCUGGUGUGCGUGGGCAGGGAGCCCUUCAAACCCAUAUCCACGGAGAAUCUGAGGAAACACUCGGUGGAGAAGCUGCCCAACCUGCCUCCCCGCUCCAACAACGGCAACAACGUCAACGAGAACAAUGACAGUAAGAAAACCGCGGGGCCGCUGAACUUUGGACUGAAAGCCAAAAAAAGCGUUAUCCAUCCACGGUCAGCAUCCAGCAACAGGUCGAUGAGAUUUUCCUUGUCAUCAGAAAAGUCAUACCCCAACGGCCUCGUGGCCUCUCCAGACAACGGGGCACCCUUCUCCAAUGGCUGCUCUCACCCAAAAGCUGGGGACCUGGUGCAGUCCUUGGUCAACGAUGACAUUGAGAAGCGGGUCCAUGUGAACAAGGACGGGAGCUUGUCCGUGGAGAUGAAGGUUCGCUUCCGUUUGCUCAACGAUGAGACUUUGCAGUGGUCCACCCAGAUCAAAAAGUCCAACCUGAUGAACCAGCUGCCUUGUGAAGAGUCAGGAGUGGAGGACAGUGAAGUGGAUCCCCUACAGAAAAUGAACCCAGAAGCCAGCUCAGAGGCAGAUGAUUCCUUAUAUCCCUGUGAUAUUGAUUCCUACAUGUCCAAACUUGAGGAAUCAGAAUGUGACGAUGCCCACUGUCACAGCUGUGGGAAGAAACACCAGGACUAUGACAUUUGGAAGAACCCCAUGCACACGUCCCAGAGGGAAGAGCCCAGCGUGCAAAGCACCUGGCACACGCGGUCGUCGUGUUCCAGCACGUCUUCCCGGAGGAGAAUAGUCCACAAAAAAAUGACAUCUGUGGACAGCAUCCACACCACAUCCAGUGAGGAAUUCUCUGAGCACAUUGUGCGAGAGUCCUCAUCCUACUCAGAGACUAUAAAGAACAGGGUGGCGUAUCGAUCCGUUAAAAAGUGUAUGUGCCGAAGUGAUUUAUCUACCGGUGCUUCCAAUGGAGAAGAACUGCAGGAACACACUCGGACAAGCACAGGAAACAGCCAGAGGCCUUCAUCCUUGGGCUUGAUGUCACAUUCAAGCUGUGAGAACAACCUGGAUACUCAAGACAGCCCUGAAGAUCAGGAGAUCACCAAAAUCAUUUCAGAAAAUGAGGAUGCAAAUUGUUUUGAAGCUUCCUCUGUGAAGUGCUUGAAGGAUGACCCAGAAGAGGUUGAAAGCAGCAGAGUCGGGAGUGUCAUGUCCAGGUCAUCCCUGCAGUCCAGGCAGAGCAAGAAGAUCGUGUGUGAGGAAACCAGCAGCGUGGGCAGGAGCGUGUCCUCCUCGAGCCUUCAGAAGGCAAAUCAGGGAGACAACAGCCAGUGCUCCACCCCUGCCAACAGCGUGCACAGCAAGUCCAGUAACUGCACCACUCCAAAAGAAAAGACUGAGCAGGGUGACCUCUCUGAUGACAACCCAGUGGUGUCCUCUUUCUCCAGUGAGUCCUGCCCCAAGCAAGAGGCCAAAGAGGUGGAAGCUGAGCAGGAAGAAAGUGAAGUCAACGAAGUCAGCUCAGUGUCAGCAAAAACAAAGCCAAGCCAAUCAGUCAGGGGCGAGAGCAGUGAAGGGGAACGAUGCUCUACGCAAGGAACACACCGUUCCAAGGCUAGUGACAUGAACAGCAAGAAAAGUGACAGUGAUGAGAACGUUCCCUGCAGUGUCUCUUGCUCUUCUAGAGGGACCAAAAAGAGCAAGCGGAAGCCAAAGAGAAAAAACAUCCGUUCAACCAUAUUGAAGAAUUCCUCCAUCAGCAGCAUCGGCACCGAAUCCGUGCUGACCGCAGGAAAAGAGCAGAAAGAAAUUGUGGAUUCCUCCAAAGCAACUUCCUAUGGCUCUAAAUCUGCUGCAACCAAAGAAAAUGGUCAGAAUAAUAAAGAGACUGACUCUUGCAACAAAAAAACGGGGGAAGAGGUACAAGGCACAGGCUUUCAGGAGGAAGGAGGUGAUUUAAUGCCAUCAGCUCUACCAAAUACAUCUCCAGAAGAAGUUGUGCAAGAAUGGCUCAGGAAAAUCCCUUCGGAAACAUUGCUUAUGAAAUAUGAAAUGGAGGAUGAUGGAGAAGAGGAGCGUGCAGAGUCGAUCACUGAGGAGGAGGAGGCUGAAAAGGAUGAAGCAAAGGAUGAAGCAAAGGAUGAAGUGGAAGAAGAGAAAGCAGAAGACACACCUAUUAUGGAAGAGGCUGAAGAAUGCGUGAACCAGGAAGAAAUCUCUGAGGUUGCACCUGAAGCUGCCGAAGCUGAGCAGGCCGAAUGCAACCAGUCAGUUACAUCCAGCCAAAAUAACAAGAGAGACCUGCCAACCUCUGUCCAGACGUCUGUCCAGAUCAUGAAGGCCUUGCUCAGUUCAAAGCACGAGACCAAAUUUGACCGAUCAAACAGUUUGCCCGAAGUGUCUCCCACGAUGGGGAGAAAACUGAGUAACUCCGCCAACAUUUUGAUUACUUGUCUUGCCAGCCUCCAACUCCUUGAUGAAGAGUCAGAGGAUCCAUCAGGAAAGUCAAAACAUUUGAAUAAGUCAAGGUACACGGAGCUGCUAAAUAUUUUUCAAGCCCUGUGGUUUGGGUGCACCACUGAAAAGAGCGGCCCAAGUUCAGGCCAAGAGGCAAGCGAGCUGGCAAAGCCAGUGUCUGGGUCUAAAGUCCCAAAAUCCAUGGAUCACGCCUUCACUCCCAUGUCCUCCUCUGGGGUCGAUGUUUGCAGUGGCUCUGGUGGCUCAGGAGAAGAGUGCACAGCUGGUGCCACGUUGGUGGCACAGAAAACCAUGGAAUGCAAAUCAGCCGAGCAAACGGAAAAUGCAGAGACUGGCACAGAAGUGACUGAGGUUGAGGAGCAAAGUAAAGAGGAAGAGAAGCCAUCCCGCCCUUCCACAGCCUGCUCAGAGGAAAAAGGUGAGGAAAAAGUGGAGUCUGCUAGAGAGGAGUCUGUAAUCCAGGAGGAAGAAGAGAAUAAGGAGGCUCAGGGCAGUAACUGUGAGCAUGAUCAGGAGGAAGCGGGAGAAAAUGAAAAUGAAGAAGAAAAUAAAUUAGCUGAAACUGGAGAACAGGAAGAAGCUGAAGCUGUGAAUGAUGAUGUCCCACAAGAAAACCCUGAAGAAGAAGCUGAUCAUCCAGAGACCACUGGUGAUGCCAAUGUCGGGGAUGCUGAUGUCGAAACAGAGCUGAAAGAGGAGUUGCAGGAGCAGCCCCAAGAAGAGUCACCAAAUGACCCUGAGCCCAAAGUCAAUAUAUCCACCAGUGUGGGCACAUCCCUCGUCCAGCAACACUCCGUGGAUCCAGACCCAACCUGGGUCCUGAGACUACUCAAGAAAAUCGAGAAGGAGUUCAUGGCUCACUAUGUCAAUGCCAUGAACGAGUUGAAAGUCAGGUGGAACCUGCAGGACAACCAGCAGAUGGAUGCAAUGAUACUGGAGCUGAAGGAGGAAGUGAGUAAAAGGAUACAAAAGAGCAUAGAGAAGGAGUUGAGGAAGAUCAAAAGCAGGGCUGGAAGGAGGAUUCCGAGACCUCCAGAGGAGCCACCCACACGCGAGUCCAAACUCCAAACUGAGCAGAGGAGAUGGCGACUGCAAACUAUGCAUAAAAAGUCCCUCUUUGGGGACAAAAAUGGCAACCAGAUGAGGCUGGAGGAGACGACAGACUUCUCACUCGAUGUAGAUAAUGACUUUAGCCUUAGUGCAGCUUUGGAGGACAGCGUUAGCAAACAAUCCAGUGAGGAGGAAUAUUGUCCGUGUGACACCUGUGUGAGGAAAAAACUGGCUUCCAGGCCUGCCAGAGCCCCUGUGGUGGCCACCAAUGCCCCAGUCAUGAAAGCCUUUGAUUUACAGAAAAUCCUGAGGCAGAAGAAAGAUGAUGAUGAGGAAGCCAUUGUUGCAGAAGCAGCCCCGGACACCAAAAUGCUUCCCAAUGGUUCUGUGGAGGAAGAGGCAGAAAAUGAGGAGGAGCAACCUCAAACAGGUGAAACAGAAGCAGAGGAUGAUGAAGGAAAAGAGCCAGAAUUAAAUAAAGAUGAUGGUGCAACAUUGACUGGAGAUGGAGAAGAACCUGAAGAGCCAGAGGAUGAGGAAGUUUUGGCUGAUGAUGAGGAAGAGACAUCACAAUGCAGAGGAGAUGCUGAGGGCUCUGGAACUGAGAACAAUCCUGAAGGAGAUGCUGCAGAAGGAAAUGAAGAAGCUGAGCAAGAUGAAGCUGAGGCCGAAGAAGAUGCAAAGCCAGAGACAGGAGAUGAGGCUGAGGAGAAAAACAGUGAAGGAGGUGAGAAACCUGAUGAGAAUGGUGAGGAACCUGCUGGUGAUGACCCUGACAAGGCACAUGAAAAACAUGAAGAGCAAGGCAACAACAAAGUUCCUGAGAAAGCCUCGAAGACCAAAGGCAAGAAAAUCGGCAAAAGCGACCACCCCAAUGGAGAGGUUCGAAGUGAUGAGAGCUCCAAACCCUCCCAGAUGUAUCCUGACACUGAGGAAGAAGAAGAGGACAAAGAAUCCUCGGGUUCUGAUCCCGUGGGAGAUGAGGAGCAGCCAGUUGCUGAAGGUGCUGAUCCAAAGGAAGAUGAAAACACUGAGGAAGUUCAGGCUUCUAAAAAGAAAGAAAACUCCGAUGAGAUUGACCAGGAUGACCUGGACUUCUAG